AUGGACAGUCUCUACUUCAUUAGCAAGGCGCAGUUCCACCAGCUCGCUACGCAUAUCUCUCUCUACCAUGAGGACAUGUCCGCCGGCUACAAGCACCUCAGCACAGAUGCCUUGAUGGCGGUGGGACUGAAGCCGCACAAGUUCACGUACUGGAACGUGCCCAUGAUGAGUGGGUACCUCGGCAAAACGGUGCCGCUCGACAUCCACGGUGGGUAUGUGAUAGUCGACGAGGAGAAGGUGAUGCCGAUGGCAACGAGCUACGGCAUGCUGCGCUACGCCCUCCUGACCAGUGCGGUGCGCGCCAAAGAAGGCGGACGAUGGCGGUACGACUUCAUGACCAUGAACAUCACCCUCGCCGCCGGCUCUGCAGCUGGGUUCGGUCUCUUGUCGUUUGGCCGAAAGCGCAUUGGCUGGAUGCGGCAUCACCCAAUCGGCUCUGUCAUGGUGAGCUUUGCCGCCUGCCUCACCACCACAGUGAUCGCCCGGCAGGGUAUCAAGGAAUUAGGCAUCGGUAUUGUUCAGGCACAAAAUAGUCAUAAGAAGGCGUUGAAUAACCUGCACUGUGUCGACUGUCUCGAAGACGUUAAUACGUACACGCUAAACCAGAUCGAGGAGCUCAAGGCCCAGCGGAUCCCACAGCAGCCAGGCAUGCCACCGCCGCCGGAGGAGUACGUGAAGCGCUUCAAGAAAGGCGUAGAGAUGCAGUGCAAGCUGCUCGAGACCGACAUGGAUGAGGUGCGCCUCAUCCGUAAGUGGGCGAGAGGAUCGCUCUGCGAUGUCCAUCAGCACCUCCGCGAAGACCCGGUGGGCUACAAGGAGCCGCACGGGAUCGCGCUUCUCGCCUCGGACCGCGCACGCGCAGCUGAGCGGCCGCCGCUGGCGACAGAGCCUGACGAUGCCGAAAGAGCAUCAGCAAAGAAGUAG